GCAUUUUGGUAUGUUUUUCGCAUGUCAUAAUUUGGUGGGGACUAAAUGGAAGUGUUGAUGCAAACAAUAGACUACAUAUUACACGGUAUCCAACCGAAGGAGCAAAGGGAGUGCUAUCAUGUAGAAUAUAUGCAAUAACGGAAAAUGUUUUGGUCGAAUGGAAUCAUAACGGCGUCGUGAUCAACUGUACAUUACCAUUGUCGACCUGCACUGCUAACCAAUUUUACAGUGCAUCAAUAAGCCGAACCUUUUCUAACCUGACAGUUUGGAAGGCCAGCUUUGCAAGGGACAAUGGGUUGUGGACAUGCACUGUAAAUAAUCUAAAAAGCAGCGGUGCAUUUUAUGUUGUCACUGAACCUAAAACAUUUGUCAUGGAGAAAAGAAACGAAAACAACUUGACGAGAAAUGAUUUGACAAUGACAGCAGAAGCAUACUGUGUUUAUCCUAACAGUGCAGACACAUUUCUUCUUUAUCAAGUAAAGGGCGAUCCACAUUUUCAGAAAUUUAAAAGACGAAAUUUGUCUUUAUAUUAUGAUGAUGGUAUAAAAUUUGAAUGUGACAACAAUGAAUAUGUUUUGCGGGCGACAGGAUUGAUUAAACAAUCUGACUUCUCUAGUGAAUUACGCGUGAGGUUCAAAUUCCAGUACAUAUCGCUUAGCGGAAAAGAAUAUGAAACUAAGGCAUCAGAAUUCUUCAAUUUUACUGACGGUCCUUGUAACUUUGUACUUUGCAAAAAUGGUGGACGCUGCAUAUUUGACGCAAAACUAGCCUACAAAUGUAUUUGUGUAAAUUUCUUCAGUGGAAAACAUUGUGAAAAUUCACUUCAAAAAGCAGAUAGCAGCAGACAUCAAAAGAAGAAUGACACAGGAAAAGUCUGUGUUUGGAUUCUCGUAUCUGCUGUAAUUGGUUGCAUCAUUGGUGUUAUUGUGUACAUCGUCUACAAGAAACAGAGAGCAUGCUGCUCAUGUCCCUCGAUGGAACAUGAACCUAUUCCAACAGUACCCCAUUAG